AUGGGAGCUUACAGUGCGUCCUCAUGUCAGAAUGGCUCGAGGACUGGAGGCAGCUCCAGCUCUACCAACAGCGACGUCUCGGAUCGUUCGAAGAGCACGGUCCCUACGAUCUACAGCAAUCGGCCCACUUCGAAGCGGAGAGAGACGACCGAGCUCGAUGCCAAAGAUCCCAGAGACUCGGUAUCAACCUACGCAUCAACGGCACCUUCAGUCGAGGACCUCCCGGAGAAGCCACGCUACGCGGUGACUGAUCGCAGAUUGGAGGUCUUCCCCACCGACGUGGUCCCUUCCAAUCCGUCCACGUUCGCCGACUUGUUCCCAUCUUCGCGACGAUUACUUAUCCGCCACGACGAUGCGACGCUAGAUGGGAACAUGAACCUCCGGGUAGACACCGUCGUCCCGCGACGAGGAGGGUACCAGCAAGAGAUUACCCUGUUUCAUCUGCGCAUGUAUGACUUGUUCUCCAGGAAGUUUUCCUUUCGGCGCUACUGCCGAGAUUCGGGGCGCGAGGUGUGUCACUCGGAGAGGAAACCUCGAUCGUCUCGUUCGGACAGACGGCCGGUGUUUCGACGUUCUUGGAACAGUGUGUUGGCCAGCUUGCGACCGGGAUCAAGUGGCAAUGGCUCGCUGCCCAAUGCAGAGCACAAGCGCCAGGAUUCCGAGUAUAGGUUGGUUGGUGACGAGGGGUAUUUUCAGGACAAGGAUCUAGACGCCAAGGGCGGUGCCGAUCGACCCGUCACACUUGCUGACAAUACCCUGCUGGAGUUCUCCAACUAUGCGCACGUAGAAAUCAGAAGACGAGGCGCUGGGGUAUCUAAAAGGUACGAGUACGAAUACUGGUCCACGAAGUACCAGUGGAGACGGGGAUUUCGGAAAGAAGGCGAUUUGCGAGAGGUAACUUAUCACCUCGUCGACACGCGGACGUCAAAGCAGAUCGCUCAUAUCGUACCGGAGAUCUUGACGCCCAUGGAAGCGGUUGAAGAAGAGAGUAAGGGAGGCUGGGUCCCACCGUCUUCGAUGUGGAUUAGUGAUGCCUCUGUAUAUGAGAAGAUGUCUGACAUGGCUGAUGUGAUUGUUGCGACCGGACUGAUUAUCCUAGUCGAUGACUGUAUUCGUCGACGCUGGCAUUCGAACGGACAUGGCCCCCUUCCACUUCCAACACGAUCUUCGAUCACCAGGGGGAUGGAGACGAUAGGAGCUAAGCGCCUCAUUGAUGAGGUGUUCCUUCGAAGGGGAUCAGCCUAG